UUGCUUUCAUCCUGUGAUACAUCUUGACCCGUUUGCCGUAGUCCCUUCGAUCCUCUGAUUGGUCCGGGUCUAAGUGGGGUUGUCUAUUGCAGCUUAUCUUGAAGCUCACGGUAUCUACGUACAACCCUCACCGAAAUGAACCACAGGGCAGAUGAGCUGGCAGCAAUCGACUCCCGUCAAGGGCUUGAUAGACACUCAUACAGUCUAACAGCGCUCGGGGCAAGAAAGAGGGGCGUGCGGCUUGAGAAGUAUGGUGCAUCAUGACUGGGCCGCCUCCCCGUCUGGAGAUCAGUCCGCCCCUGAUCAACUCGGCCAACCCCUGGGCAACCACCCUCGACGACCUGCGGCGUCUCUAUACCUGUCCCUCAACAGGAGCGGUUACGACGCGGACCUCUCUGAUCAAUGGCUUUGACCAUGAUCCGGCAAAGCAUCAGUACAUCUUGUUCGACGCAGCCCAAACCGGUCUCGCCCAAAAUGCAAGCCUCAACUCUCUCGGGUACAGCCCGCUCACGUUAGAAACCUACCUUGGAUUCAUCAAAACCAUUUCGGACGCUCUGCCUACCAGGUCUAGUAAAGGGUUCAUCGUGUCCGUUACAGGCAGUCCGGAGGACAUUGCGCAGAGCUACGUGCUGGUCGCCUCCGCGGCUCUGGGCCUACAGUUUCCCCUCGCCAUGGAGAUCAACCUCAGCUGUCCCAACAUUCGCAACAAGCCGCCGCCAGCAUACUCCGAAGAAGCGCUCUCGACCUACCUGUGCCAUCUCCAACAAGCUAUCCAUGACGCCGGUGACAAGGAGAUCCCUCACAUCCCCGUCGGCCUGAAGACGCCGCCGUUCACUCACGCCCCCGAGUACGAAGCGUUGAUGUCGGCUCUGGAAAGGGCCGCCCCGGCCGCCGGCGGGGUAUGCCCCGUCAGUUUCAUCACAGCGACCAACACGCUUGGAUCAUGUCUCGUGUUUGCGCCUCCUCAGUCUGGUUCCGAGGUUGAGGACCCCACGUUAUCCUUAUUCGGUUCAUUCGCCCUACCUGAUUCUGGACUAGGCGGUAUGGCGGGAGCGCCGCUCCACCCGCUUGCGUUGGGAAACGUCUGUACGAUUCGCCGUAUGCUGGAUGCUCCGGCGAGGGCUGCGACGUUGGGUCAUGUGCAGGUCAUCGGGGUGGGCGGGGUGCUUGAUGCCAAGGGAUAUCGCCGUAUGAGGGCUGUGGGGGCACAUGUGGUCGGUGUUGCGACUGGCUUGGGCUUGAAGGGGGUGGACAUAUUCGGAGAGAUUGAGGCGGGCUUGCGAGGGGAGUGGUAAGGCGUCUCCCGGUCCUCGUCCGGACACUGUGGUCAUCUCCCCGGUUACCAGAC